AUCAAUCAGUUACUGUCAUGUACUGACGUUUCAUAAAUUUUCGUUUUAGUGUUUUAUCAUACUAAAUUCACCGUAGAUGUGACCAAAUUAUGACGAUAUGGUCAAAACUUUAUAAAUUAUAUCUUCUCGGAAAAGUGAAAGUUUCUAAAUUUGCUCCUUCAAGAUACACUCCUGGGAGACGCUUCUACACCACUGCUUUUUUAACAUCAUGUGCCCUUGCAUCAUAUUUACUCUAUAAAAACACCACAGGCCUCACCUCUUCAAAACUUUCGAUCGGGAUAGAUCACGCACAGGUUAAAAAUAUAUGGUACGAUGAUAAUAGGGAAUCCAAGAAGGAUCUUCCUAGUGUACUAAAAAUUGCAAAUGAGAGGCAAAGUAAUCGUGAAAAGUUCAAUUUUAUCAACAACGUCGUGAAGAAGUGUGCGCCUGCUGUUCUCUACAUCAUCAUUAGUGACCCAUCUCAAGUGGAUUUCGACACAAAGAGCCCUGUAAUCACAUCCACUGGUUCGGGUUUCAUAAUCAAUGAAAAUGGUUGGGCAUUGACAAACGCUCACGUUGUAUUAGAGCAACCACAAAGCAUUAUCAAUGUAAUCACAUAUGAUGGUUUGGCUUACACUGCAACACUCGAGCACGUUGAUGUCUCAAAAGAUCUAGCCCUUAUUAAAAUUAAUGCCGAUAAAAAGUGGCCGGUGUUGGAGUUUGGGUCUAGUAAAGAUGCUAUAGUGGGUGAAUGGGUCGUGGCUUUGGGAAGUCCGUUAUCUUUAACAAAUUCGGUCUCGGUUGGAAUCGUGAGCUCCAUAAAUCGAUCAGCUGAAGACAUCGGCUUGAGAAAUUAUCCUAUGACCUACAUCCAAACCGACGCUUCCAUUACAUUUGGAAACUCCGGUGGACCAUUGGUUAAUUUGGAUGGACAUGUGAUUGGUAUCAAUAAUUUACGAUUGACUGCUGGGAUUUGUUUUGCAAUUCCUGUUGAUUAUGCAAAAACAUUUUUAGAUAAUAUACAUUUUGACCACAAAAUAAAAUGAAAGAAAAAUAUGCAGAUAUUAAUUAUUUAAGAUUAAAGAUUUAAUAAAUAAAAACCAUAUUGUGGAAUUUUGUAAAAAAAAAAUGUAACAGUUUUACGAACAAGGCUGUAUAAUGACUUAACUUUGUAUUGUAACAAAAUAAAUUUGAAGAACUAUUUUUUUCAUUUAA